AAGCAGAUGGACCCACACGAGAAAAACGGAGUACCCGGUCGGGAAAAGCGGGGACCCGGGUGGAAGGCGCUGUCGGGCUCCGGCGGGGAGACCAGCGGACGCCGGCGGUGUGUGGGGAGCAACAGCCCUAGCAGGUGGAAUUGGCCCAUUUGCUGAAGUUUCUUUCCCUCAUAGCCCAGGGAGAAAUUUACAUUUGGACUUUAUCUUACAAUGGCUUUGGUUCUCAGGUUUCUGAAUGGCGCUUAUAUUUUCAGAUAUUGCCCAAAGCCAUAUGCCUCAUGUCCAUAUUUGGGUACCCGCUUUGCAGGCUAUUGUUCUAGUAGUCUUCAGAACCCCGUGGCUGCUUCUGGUAGAACUUCCUCUCAGAGGAAAUCUGAAGGGGAUUUGCAAGGACAUCACCAGAGAGAAGUUGCUUUGGAUAUAGCAUCUCCUGAAGAAAAGCCUGAAGUUAGUUUUGAUAAAGCAAUUAAAGAUGAAAUAAAGGACCAUUUUAGGCGUUUGAAGGAUGAUAUUGUGAAUCAUUGGAUAGGCCCUGAAGGCCGCCCUCUGCAUGAGGUCUUGAUGGAACAAGCCAAGGUUGUCUGGCAGUUCCGUGGAAAAGAAGAUUUGGAUAAGUGGGUAGUGACUUCUGAUAAGUCUAUUGGAGGCAGAAGUGAAGUGUUCCUGAAAAUGGGCAAGAAUAAUCAGAGUGCACUGCUGUAUGGAACUCUGAGCUCUGAGGUGCCUAAGGAUGGGGAAAGUGGCCGCAGUGGGUACUGUGCAAUGAUAUCCAGGAUUCCAAGGGGCCCUUUUGAGAAAAAGAGGGCUUAUGAUUGGUCCCAGUUCAACACUCUGUAUCUCCGUGUACGUGGAGAUGGUCGGCCUUGGAUGGUGAAUAUCCGGGAGGACACGGAUAUAAUCCAGAGGAGGAAUCAGAUGUACAGUUACUUCAUGUUCACCCGUGGGGGGCCCUACUGGCAGGAGGUCAAGAUUCCUUUCUCCAAAUUUUUCUUCUCUAAUCAAGGAAGAAUUCGGGAUGCCCAGUACCAGCUUCUGCUUGACAAGAUCUCUUCUAUUGGAUUCACCUUGGCUGAUAAAGUGGAUGGUCCAUUCUUCCUGGAAAUAGAUUUUAUUGGAGUGUUUACAGAUCCAGCCCACACAGAAGAGUUCGCCUAUGAAAAUUCUCCAGAGCUUAACCCAAGACUUUUUAAAUAGAGAUGGUAAUUUUGUAGUACCAAACUAAGAGUAGCAGUAUCCGUGAUGACCGAGACAAAUAAAGUAUUUAAUGGCUCUCA